GCAUUUGGAUUCCUGGAUCCACGUAAUAUCGUUCGUGGUGUCCACUUGAUCCCUGGAUUUCAACAUGACCGUACCGACACACUAUUACCGCCAUCAAUUGCCCAUCCCCUGCACAAAAAUAACGAAGACUGGAAGUUUUACUAUGUAAAUAUGUUUGUUGAUAGAGACAUGAUGAUGCGUUUCCGUGGCGGCGGGGUGGGCCAUAAGUUGACUCGAGAUGCAACACGAGUAUUCCUCGAUGACCGCGAUCCUCUAGACGAGGUUGCUCCUGAGUUGGACGUUCUAGAUGACCACAGUGAAGAUACAGAUUUUGUCAGCUCAGACGAAGAAGGUGAUGACAACAGCCUUGAUGGUGAAGAGCCUGGUGAGGACGAGGUGAUGGACAGUGACGAAGGCAUUGCCAAUCGUGAUGAAGAUGUGGAAUUGGAGAUAGAGGAGUAUGGCUAUAGUGGAAUUGACCAAUCGGAAGAAGUUACAGAUGACGAGGCUGACGAAGAUGAUGAUAGCGGUGAGGCUGACGAUGACCUGGGCCCUGAGGACGGAGAGGAUGAUGCCGGUGAUGACCUCGAGGGGUUUGAUGACCUUUGAUUUUUUUUAGAGCGGCAGGAUAUGUUUUUCUUACCCAAUCAGUGAAUUUCAGUGUCUCUGCAGCUGAUUUGUAUGACCUACCACGGGGAGCCUCUAAC